AUGAAGUCCCUGCUGUUCCCUGCUGGUCCGGACUGUGGGUCCUGCUGGUCCCUGCUGGUCCGGACUGGACCCUGCUGGUCCGGACUGUGGGUCCUGCUGGUCCCUGAUGGUCCGGACUGUGGGGUCCUGUUUGUUCAGGCAGGAUUUCAGCAGCUUCCUGAUCUCAGUGAGUUUCCUGAAGCAACAGAUGUGCGUGUUCCUGCCUUCAGAUCGCGGCGGCGGGAUUACGAGGAGACGGCCGACAUCAAGUUGUGUGUUUGUACAGUGUUAAUAAAGUUGUGUGUUUGUACAGUGUUAAUAAAGUUGUGUGUUUGUACAGUGUUAAUAAAGUUGUGUGUCUGUACAGUGAUAAUAAAGUUGUGUGUUUGUACAGUGAUAAUAAAGUUGUGUGUUUGUACAGUGUUAAUAAAGUUGUGUGUUUGUACAGUGAUAAUAAAGUUGUGUGUUUGUACAGUGAUAAUAAAGUUUUGUGUUUGUACAGUGAUAAUAAAGUUGUGUGUUUGUACAGUGUUAAUAAAGUUGUGUGUUUGUACAGUGUUAAUAAAGUUGUGUGUUUGUACAGUGUUAAUAAAGUUGUGUGUUUGUACAGUGUUAAUAAAGUUGUGUGUUUGUACAGUGAUAAUAAAGUUGUGUGUUUGUACAGUGAUAAUAAAGUUGUGUGUUUGUACAGUGUUAAUAAAGUUGUGUGUUUGUACAGUGAUAAUAAAGUUGUGUGUUUGUACAGUGAUAAUAAAGUUUUGUGUUUGUACAGUGAUAAUAAAGUUGUGUGUUUGUACAGUGUUAAUAAAGUUGUGUGUUUGUACAGUGUUAAUAAAGUUGUGUGUUUGUACAGUGUUAAUAAAGCUGUGUGUUUGUACAGUGAUAAUAAAGUUGUGUGUUUGUACAGUGUUAAUAAAGUUGUGUGUUUGUACAGUGUUAAUAAAGUUGUGUGUUUGUACAGUGUUAAUAAAGUUGUGUUUGUACAGUGAUAAUAAAGUUGUGUGUUUGUACAGUGUUAAUAAAGUUGUGUGUUUGUACAGUGUUAAUAAAGUUGUGUGUUUGUACAGUGUUAAUAAAGUUGUGUGUUUGUACAGUGUUAAUAAAGUUGUGUGUUUGUACAGUGUUAAUAAAGUUGUGUGUUUGUACAGUGAUAAUAAAGUUGUGUUUGUACAGUGUUAAUAAAGUUGUGUUUGUA